AAAUUCCACAGGCAGGCUGUUGAGGUAAUGGGAGAAUCAAUGCAUGCUGAACUUCCUUCCCUCACAUCUCUCAAAAGUCAUCCUGAUUUUGGGAGAUAGGGCAAACUUUUGCAGCAGUGGCAAUUGCUUAUAGGCACAGGAGUCGUUAAGAACAGGCAUGAUUUCGUUUUCAAUGCUUCUUUAUUAAAAAAUAAAGAACACAGACAACUUACGAGGCCUCUAUAUGGGAAGCAAAUGACACAGUAUUUGUCCCACCUCGGAAAGACUCAAAGCUUCCAAUGCAAAUCUUCCCACAAAGGGCUGCCAUUGCAAGAGAAUACAAUAUGAUCAACAGCUAGGACAUUUCACCGGGGAAGCGAUGCCCCUCCAGCUUUGCGGAUGCCAACAACAAAAAGGUUCUGCAACUCCAGAUGUUUCAGGGUGCAACAAACUUGGGAGGGGGGGCUGAGGAAGAAAGGAAGCCCAUGAAUUUCGCCCCUAAUUUUCGUGAGCCGCGUAGCCGCAGCAGCUCAGCCUUUGCCUGCCCACCAGGAAAAGGAGGGGACUGCUCGCGCCACGGUCUCGUGGGGAAAAGCCCUUUAUCCCAAUUUAGAGGGGCUGGGGGAGGACCCCCGGGGGCCCAGCCAGGAAGCGCACGUCCCCUUUCCCCUCCCCAUCGCUUCGCGGUGCAGUCUGUGGCUCCUUUGUCGAUGCCUGGAGGGCUGUUUGAAAAAAAUGCUGUGCCUUUCCUCACCCCCCCCCCUCCGUUUUUCCUGAAAGGGAGCCAGGCUGAGCGAAAAUGUGCAGCCCUGUCCUAGAAUGCCCUUUUCUCCCUCUCCUUCCCUUCUCCUCCUCUCCCCGGAGUUUCUCAAGGUCCCCCUGGAUAAUCCCCCAUCUCGCGGGGAGGGGGUUCAGCUGACGGUCGCCCGCCUUGUUUACAUGCUCCGGUCUCUCCCGUUGGCCAGGCAGGAAAACUUUGCCGGGGCCCCGGCCGGGUGUUUCUUCUCCCCCCCUCCCCGAUUCCUCCCACCUCCACCUUCGCGGACGAUCCGAGCCUCCAGCCACCCAAGCCGGGGCGCGCAGGGCAAAGAGGAUGCCUUCGAGGUUCCGUGGAGCAUUUCCCGGGACCUGCCAGCAUGCCUGCAUCCAGGGGGGGGCUGCUGUUCCUUUCCUUCCUGGUCCUGGGACAAGCAAUGGAUUUUACAGAUUACAGCUAUGUCCUGGAAGAAGAGGAAGAAGACACUGACCCAAUUGACUAUAAGGACCCUUGCAAAGCUGCUGCCUUUUUAGGAGACAUUGCCUUGGAUGAAGAAGACCUCAAGUUGUUCCAGGUGGACAGAGUUGUCGAUCUCACACGGCAUACCAUUGAGAGAACUGCCACUAACUCUUCAGGGAACAGUUCCAACAGCACUAGCAUCAGAUCCAGGAGACAGCAAAGGAGACGGAAGCCGGGGCGGUCUCGGAGCCGCCGGGCUGCCACUUCCCGUCAUGAGCGAGUGUGGCCAGAUGGCGUCAUUCCUUAUGUGGUCAGUGGGAAUUUCACUGGCAACCAGCGGGCAGUCUUUCGACAGGCCAUGCGCCAUUGGGAGAAGUAUACCUGUGUCACCUUUCUGGAGCGGACUGAUGAAGACAGCUACAUUGUGUUUACAUACAGGCCUUGUGGGUGCUGUUCCUAUGUGGGGCGCAGAGGAGGGGGACCUCAGGCCAUCUCCAUUGGGAAAAACUGUGACAAAUUUGGCAUUGUGGUACAUGAGCUGGGCCAUGUAAUUGGUUUCUGGCAUGAGCACACACGCCCAGACAGAGAUGACCAUGUGUCCAUUAUCCGUGAGAACAUCCAACCAGGGCAGGAGUAUAACUUUCUGAAGAUGGAGCCUGAAGAGGUGGAGACAUUGGGAGAGACGUACGAUUUCGACAGCAUAAUGCACUAUGCCAGGAACACCUUCUCCAAAGGGAUCUUUCUAGACACCAUCCUUCCCAAAUAUAAUGUGAAUGGGAUGCAGCCUUCCAUUGGCCAGCGAACUCGACUGAGCAAGGGAGAUAUAGCCCAGGCUCGCAAGCUGUACAAAUGCCCUGCUUGUGGAGGGACCCUGCAAGAGAGUCAAGGGAACUUCUCUUCGCCCGAGUUUCCCAAUGGAUAUUCUGCUCACAUGCACUGCAUCUGGAGAAUAUCUGUCACCCCAGGGGAAAAGAUUACUCUGAACUUUACAUCCCUGGAUCUAUACCGAAGUCGGUUAUGCUGGUAUGAUUACGUGGAGGUGAGAGACGGGUUCUGGAGAAAGGCCAGUUUGCGAGGUAGGUUCUGUGGGAAUAAGCUCCCAGAGCCCAUCCUCUCCACUGACAGCCGUCUCUGGAUAGAAUUCCGCAGCAGCAGCAACUGGGUUGGCAAAGGCUUCUUUGCAGUCUAUGAAGCAAUCUGUGGGGGAGAUAUAAAGAAGGACAAUGGGCACGUCCAAUCUCCCAACUAUCCUGAUGACUACCGGCCAAAUAAAUCCUGUACCUGGAAGAUUACUGUCUCAGAGGGUUUCCAUGUGGGCCUCAGUUUCCUGGCAUUUGAGAUUGAGCGUCAUGACAGCUGUGCUUAUGACUACCUGGAGAUCCGGGAUGGUAACACAGAGUCAAGCAAUCUGAUUGGAAGGUACUGUGGUUAUGACAAGCCAGACGACAUCAAAAGCACCUCCAACAAGUUGUGGAUGAAGUUUGUGUCUGAUGGGUCCAUUAACAAGGCUGGCUUUGCUGUUAAUUUCUUCAAAGAAAUGGAUGAGUGCUCCAGACCAAACAAUGGCGGGUGUGAGCAACGCUGCGUGAACACUCUGGGCAGCUACAAGUGUGCUUGCGACCCUGGCUAUGAAUUAGCCUCAGACAAGCGCAGGUGUGAGGCUGCCUGCGGUGGGUUCCUCACCAAACUGAAUGGCUCCAUUACAAGCCCUGGGUGGCCAAAAGAAUACCCACCCAACAAGAACUGCAUCUGGCAGCUAGUGGCACCAGUACAGUACCGUAUAUCCCUGCAGUUUGACUUCUUUGAAACAGAGGGUAAUGAUGUAUGUAAGUAUGACUUUGUAGAAGUGCGCAGUGGGCUCAACGCCGAGGCCAAGCUACAUGGCAAGUUCUGUGGGGCAGAAAAGCCUGAUGUGAUCACCUCCCAGUACAACAACAUGCGCAUAGAGUUCAAGUCUGACAACACCGUCUCCAAAAAGGGCUUCAAGGCUCAUUUCUUCUCAGACAAAGAUGAAUGUUCAAAGGAUAAUGGGGGAUGCCAACACGAGUGCCUGAACACAUUUGGUAGCUACGAGUGCCAGUGCCGCAGUGGCUUUGUGCUUCACGACAACAAGCACGAUUGCAAAGAAGCUGGCUGUGAUCACAAGAUGACUUCCAUCACUGCAACCAUCACCAGCCCCAACUGGCCUGAUAAGUAUCCGAGUAAGAAAGAAUGCACCUGGGCAAUAACCACCACACCGGGACACCGCGUCAAACUGACCAUCAGGGAGUUGGACAUUGAAGGCCAUCAAGAAUGCACUUAUGACCACUUGGAGGUUUAUAAUGGAAAAGAUGCCAAAGCUCCUGUCUUGGGACGGUUCUGUGGAAUGAAAGAACCAGACCCUAUCAUCUCCUCCAGCAACAGGAUGUUCCUCAGGUUCUUCUCGGAUAACUCUGUCCAGAAGAAAGGCUUUGAGGCAACCUACACAUCAGAAUGUGGGGGCCAGAUGCGAGCUGAAGUGAAAACCAAGGAUCUCUAUUCACAUGCCCAGUUUGGAGACAACAACUACCCUGGGGGUUCAGACUGUGAAUGGGUAAUUGUGGCUGAGGAAGGAUAUGGAGUGGAACUCAUCUUCCAGACAUUUGAGAUUGAGGAAGAAGCAGACUGUGGCUAUGACUACAUGGAGCUGUUUGAUGGCUAUGAUGGGACAGCCCCACGUCUGGGACGCUACUGCGGCUCUGGGCCUCCUGAAGAGGUUUAUUCCGCUGGUGACUCAGUGAUGGUAAGAUUCCAUUCUGAUGACACCAUCAAUAAGAAGGGCUUCCACCUACGUUACACUAGCACCAAAUUCCAGGACACUCUUCACACACGGAAAUGAUGCUUGGCUUCCCAACCCCUUACAGCAGAGAACGACCUUCUAGCAAUGGAAGGACAGGUCUUGGCUGUUAAAAACAAAAAAAGACACCCAUGGAGAAAAAAUUGAAAUAGACUGGAAGGAGAAAUACACAGUACACCUCAGAGUGUGAAACACUCACACAGAAACAAAGGUGCUGCCAGCCGCUUAUGUGGACUAGGCUCGGGGGAAUCCUUUCAUUAAAAAAAAAUUCUGUGCCUCUUUAUUUCUUGAGCAGAGUGUCUCCAGGACUAACCACUUCACAGCUUCCAUUUACAGUUUUUUUUUUGUCUACGCUGCUCUCCCCCCAGUCCCGGUGGUUAUAAUUGAAAAUAAUUCUGGGAAAUCCAACCUCUGGCAGAUGUUUUCCUUUAUAAAUUUCAUAAACCAGGUUGACCAGCUCAGAUACCUUGAAUGACCAGACCCAAAUGCAGUGGAGAGACUGCCAUGCUUGCAGAAGCUGUCUAUCUGUUGUAACGAUGUAAUAAACACACUUUCUUGUACUUCUAAAGAGAUGCCCAUCAGCGUCUUUAACCCUCUAUCA